AUGGCAUCGCUGGCCGCUUGUAUCUGCUGCACCGAUGUGGGCCCGAGGACCGACAUCUCCUCCCGCUCAUCCUACUCCUCCACCACCUUCCGCUUUCCUCCCCCUUUGCGGACGGCGACGGCGGCCCUAAGGACGCGACCCGCCACGUUCGCCUCCGCCCAACGCCGCCUCCCGCGACCGCCCUGCGUGAUGGAGGUUGACACCUGCCCGUCCCCCGCCGCGGAACCGGCACCGGCGGAGGCCGAGGCUUUCGAUUUCAAGGGCUACAUGCUCCGGAAGGCGGCGGCCGUCAACAGCGCCCUUGAUGAGGCCGUGCCGCUCGUGCACCCGGAGCGGUUCUACGAGGCGAUGCGCUACUCCCUCCUCGCCGGCGGCAAGCGCGUCCGCCCCGUCCUUUGCCUGGCCGCCUGUGAGGUUUCUGGCGGCCGGGACGCCUGCGCGAUGCCCGCUGCCGUUGCCGUCGAGAUGAUCCACACCAUGUCCCUCAUCCACGACGACCUCCCCAUCAUGGACGACGACGACUUCCGCCGCGGCCGACCUUCCUGCCACCGCGCCUUCGACGAGCCCAUCGCCCUCCUAGCCGGCGACGCCCUCCCUUUCCUUGCUUUCGGCCACCUGGCAGACCCGGCAUCCUACCCUGCCGACGGAUCCGUGCCUCCUGACCGGAUCGUCCGUGCUGUAAGUGAGCUUGCACGCUGCGCCGGUGCCGGGGGACUCGUCGCGGGCCAAGUGGCUGACAUGGAGGCCACUGGGCUCGGAUCUCACGUUAGCCUCGAUCAGCUUGAGUUUAUCCACCUCCACAAGACCGCUGCUCUUUUGGAGGCUUCGGUGGUCAUCGGCGCCAUCGUGGGUGGUGCCUCCGAUCACCAGAUUGAGCAGCUGAGAAAUUACGCUAGGUGCAUUGGGCUACUGUUCCAGGUUGUUGAUGACAUCCUCGACGUGACUAAAUCGUCGGAGGAGCUGGGAAAGACGGCAGGGAAGGAUCUGGCCAGCGAUAAGACGACGUAUCCAAAGCUGUUGGGUUUGGAGAAGUCAAGGGAGUUCGCCGAGGAGCUGCUGAAGGACUCCAAGGAGCAGCUUGCCGGAUUUGAUCCAAUAAAGGCGGCGCCUUUGCUACACCUAGCGAAUUAUAUUGCCGACCGCCAGAAGUAGAUCAUUCGGAUGGUAAAACUGGGAUCAAUUUGAUCUGCCAUUAGGAGCUGCAAUGUCAUG